AUGUCUUGCCAGCAGAACCAACAGCAGUACCAGGCCCCUCCCAAGUGCCCCUCACCCAAGUGCCCCCCGAAGAGCCCCGCACAGUGCUUGCCCAAAGUCUCCUCCGGCUGUGCCCUGACCUCCGGGGGCUGCCAUGGCCCCAGCUCUGAGGCCGGCUGCUGCCUGAGCCACCACAGGCACCACAGGUCCCACAGAUGCCGGCGCCGGAGCUCCAACUGCAGUGACGAUGGCAGUGGUCAGCAGUCCGGGGGCUCCCACUGCGGCCACAGCUCUGGGGGCUGCUGUUGACCUGGGCAUGAGAUUAAAGCAAAAAAAUUUGA